AUGUUACCUCUUCAAAACGAGCUUAUCCACCCCGAGGAGAGUUCCAUCGUAACACUUUCUAUGGACAAAUCAGACGCUAAUCGGUUGCGCGCAACAUACGUAACAAACUCAGACAAAUUAACAAAUCACCUUCACUUACUUCAAUACUCUUCCGAGUUGAAUACUUUGAUAUUGGCCGAUCCCCAAGCCUUAAAAAAGUCGCCGUUUCCAUUGACUGACGUUCAUUUUCUUCCAAAGUGGUUUUCAUUGGACUCACUCAUAUGCGCGGGUGAUGGGCUAUCGGUGUGUUAUGUUGAUGAGGCCGAUAGAAAUUUGACAGUAAUUGAUGGGUUCUCGAUCGAACAAUCAUUCACAAAACAACCCGCGCUUGGCAUUGAACCGUUCCUCUCGAAGAGCAAAAAAGCGAUUUCGUGGCAUUUGAAUGGAGACGUUGUAGUGUGGGAGAUCGGCGAGAAAACAGCGGAGGUGUCGGAGCAACACUUUGAGGUGGUCAGCGACGCGAAAGCGAUUUUUGAAGAGGAGAAUUGUUUUGUCGUUGCAACUAACGAGGGGGUACAUGUGGUCGAUACGAGGAGUUCGAAAGGGAGUAAGAUAUAUACUGCAGAUAUGCCAUUCAUUGCAACGAACACUCAAGACCCCAAUAAAGUUGCUGUUGCGAACGAGAAUUCUGUGAACAUAGUCGAUCUAAGAAUGGACAAGAAGAAAGAGACGACGUUCAAAACUAAAGGCGAAAUUAAUGAUAUUUGUUGGGAACUGCCACAUAUAGCAAUAGCCACAAAUGAAGGCGCACUUCUAUGGAACCCAGAAAAGUCAAAUACAAUCAUGGAGUAUCAAUCGGAAAACCCAUUUGUAGCUAUCGACUGUGCAAAUGGAAAUGGACAGUGGUCUGUUGUGGCUUCAGAACAUUCAGUCUUGUUUUUGCAUCUAUAG